UUGGUUUCUGGCGCGGCGGCGGUUCGGAGAGAGGGUAGCACGUUCAGCUGAGGGUUGUGCGGAGCGCCGCGGCACCGAGCCUGGUUUUGAGCUCAGUAUGUGGUGGGAAUCCGAGGCCGGGCCCGGUCUGGGUUCCCAGGGGAUGGAUCUCGUGUGGAGUUCGUGGUACGGAAAGUGCAUCAAAGAGAAAGAGUUGUUGCCACUUUGGGCCCACGGUGUCGUGGUCGCCUGGGUCAGCAGAGCCGAGUGGGACCAGGUGACGGUUUAUCUGUUCUGUGACGACCAUAAGUUGCAGCGGUACGCGCUUAACCGCAUCACGGUGUGGAGGAGCAGGUCAGGCAACGAACUCCCCCUGGCAGUGGCUUCUACUGCUGACCUGGUACGCUGUAAGCUCUUGGAUGUAACUGGUGGCUUGGGCACUGAUGAACUUAGACUGCUCUAUGGCAUGGCAUUGGUCAGGUUUGUGAAUCUUAUCUCAGAGAGGAAGACAAUUGCUAAGCUCCCCCUCAAGUGUCUGGCUCAAGAGGUAAACAUUCCGGAUUGGAUUGUUGACCUUCGCCAUGAGUUGACCCACAAGAAAAUGCCCCAUAUAAAUGACUGCCGUAGAGGCUGCUACUUUGUCCUGGAUUGGCUCCAGAAGACCUAUUGGUGCCGCCAACUGGAGAGCAGCCUGAGAGAGACCUGGGAGUUGGAGGAGUUCAGGGAAGGGAUAGAGGAUGAGGACCAAGAGGAAGAUAAGAACAUUAUUGUCGAUGACAUCACAGAACAGAAACCAGAACUUCAGGACAAUGGGAAAAGUGUGGAGUCAAAUGUAAAGGCCGACGGAGACAGCAAAGGCAGCGAAGAGAUGGAUUCUCAUUGCAAAAAGGCCCUGAGUCAUAAAGAGCUAUAUGAAAGAGCCCGAGAACUGCUGGUAUCAUACGAAGAGGAGCAGUUUACGGUGCUGGAGAAAUUUAGGUAUUUACCUAAGGCCAAGGCGUGGAAUAACCCGUCCCCACGUGUAGAAUGUGUCCUGGCAGAGCUCAAGGGCGUUACAUGCGAGAACAGGGAGGCUGUGCUGGAUGCUUUUCUGGACGAUGGCUUCCUUGUCCCCACAUUUGAACAGUUGGCAGCUUUGCAGAUAGAGUAUGAAGAUGGUCAGACUGAGGUCCAGAGAGGGGAAGGUACUGACCCAAAGUCACACAAAAACGUGGACUUGAAUGACGUCAUGGUGCCAAAGCCGUUCUCUCAGUUCUGGCAGCCCCUGCUCAGGGGCCUGCACUCCCAGAACUUCACGCAGGCCCUGUUGGAGAGGAUGCUCUCUGAACUGCCAGCUUUGGGGAUCAGCGGGAUCCGACCUACCUACAUCCUCAGAUGGACCGUUGAACUGAUCGUGGCCAACACCAAGACUGGACGGAAUGCUCGCCGAUUUUCUGCAGGCCAGUGGGAAGCAAGAAGGGGCUGGAGGCUGUUCACCUUCUCUGCCUCCCUUGACUGGCCCCGGAUGGUUGAGUCCUGCUUGGGCUCACCUUGCUGGGCCAGCCCCCAACUCCUUCGGCUUGCCUGCAGAGUGGAAGCUGCUGGUCUCGGAGAAGUCUGGACCACAGAGAUCUUCUCCCAACCCAAGCAUACCAGAGGGAUGCGACACAUGCCAGCAGUAACAGCGGCUCACUUGGGCUGGGCUGUAGCUGCUCCCAUAAAAGGAUCACACUUUGUGUUCCACGCAGAAGGAGCCCAGAACACUUCCAGGCAUAUCCUUGGAGCUCAAGACAGCAUCUUCAAAGCCAUGGGGCAGGGCCUGCCAGAGGAGGAGCAGGAGAAGCUGCUGCGCAUCUGUUCCAUUUAUACCCAGAGUGGAGAAAACAGCCUGGUGCAGGAGGGCCCUGAGGCCUCCCCCAUUGGGAAAUCUCCAUAUACACUAGACAGCCUGUGUUGGACAGCCAGCUCCAGCUUCGGGUCUGAAGGAAAGGGCCAGCAGCAGGAGGAGCAGGGCAGUGUUAAUGAUGUCAAGGAAGAAGAAAAGGAGGAGAAAGAGGUCUUGCCAGACCAGGUAGAGGAGAAGAAAGAAAAUGAUGACCAGGAAGAAAAAGAGGAUGAAGAUGACGAUGAAGACAACGAUGAAGAAGAAGAGAGAAUGGAGGUGGGGCCUUUCUCCACAGGGCAAGAGUCCCCCACUGCCGAGAAUGCUAGGCUUCUGGCCCAGAAAAGGGGAGCUUUGCAGGGCUCUGCGUGGCAGGUUAGCUCAGAAGACGUACGAUGGGACACAUUUCCCCUAGGCCGAAUGCCAGGUCAGACCGAGGACCCAGCAGAGCUCAUGCUGGAGAAUUAUGACACCAUGUAUCUUUUGGACCAGCCUGUGCUAGAGCAGCGGCUGGAACCCUCAACAUACAAGACUGACACCUUGGGAAGUGGCAACUGCGGCAACAGCAGCAACUUCGAGGGCCUUCUCUGGAGCCAGGGGCAGUUGCAUGGGCUCAAAAGUGGCCUGCAGCUCUUCUGAUGGCCAUCCCUGGUGCAAGUGUUCAUCCAGCCCUGCCAGGGCAACAGCCCACCCCCUAGUACAACUGAUGCUCCCUGAGACAACCUGGGAGACAGCCUGGAUCAGCCACAUCAACUCAGUUUGUCCACAUAGGGGAAUUUUGAAUGUCUUCUGUUUUGUUUGUUUGAAAAAUAAUAAAACAGGCAACUGUA